GUACACCAUUAGCAUUUCAUAGUCAUACAUAUAUCCUCCCAUCGUUUCUUGUUUGUUUACGUAAAUUUUGUGAACAUUGCAUUAUUUUCCAGGACGGGUGCCCGGUUAUAUUAUUAUUAAGCAACCUUUCAUUAACCAGUUUACUUGGUACCUGCUUUGUAUUAUAUUAUGCUGAGAUCAGGGAUGAAGAUUCUGUUUCCCCUGAGGAAUGGAUUGGCUCUUUAAUAGCUUCAGGCACAUAGGAGUACAGCAUGUCACUCGAAAACGGGAAGAGCAGCUUCUCUCUAAAGCAGUGCUCUGAUGAAACAGAAGAGAAUGAUGUAAAAUGGGUUCAUUUGAACAGUAGUGCGAUCCAAGACAGCGGAGUGAUGGCCGACAACGAGCUAGAAGAGAUGGGACAACCGUAUCCAGAAGUCCAAAAUGUAGAAUCCAAGCCUCAACUGGGAUGCAAAGAUCAGCUCAUCAAAUCCAACUGUCCGGAGAAGACAGUUUUCUUGGCGAGUGUCGCUACAGUGGUCAUUGUAUGCUGUUCCAUGAUGUCCUUCCAGUGGUUUCUACCGUACCUCUACACGGCAUACCUCUUCGUCCUCUUACCAAUCCGUGCCUAUAAGUACACUGCUAUGAAGUGGCAGUUCUUCCUGGCUGAUUGGUGCUACGUUGCCAAUUUGAUGAGCCUCUUAUACUUAUGGGCUGCCCCAUACAAAUCCACCUUCUUCAUGAUCGUGUUUGGCGUGUCCAACGGUCCCGUGACGUGGUCCAUCAUACUCUUCCGAAACUGCCUUGCCCCACAUAGCAUAGAGCGUAUGACAUGCCUCGUGAUCCAUCUCAUGCCUAGUUUGGUCACGUACUUGAUCCGAUGGUAUCCCACCGAGACGUCGCAGCACUGGUACAAGGACUUUGCCGACACCACCCUUGUGGAGAUUGCUACGGGAUGGGAAUUUCUGUGGUUGUUGGCGGUGCCACUUGCUUGCUACUUGGGCCAUUUAGUAUUGUAUUUACUAUUCUUCAUGUGGAUUUUAGGGUCAACUUUCAGUUCUUCCGAAUACCUCAACAAUUACACCUACAUUGUUUAUCAGGGCAAUAAUUUCUUUUCCCGAGCUAUUAGAUGUAAAGGAGGAAAGUUUAAAUUGUUGGUGUACCUGACUUUCCAGUGUAUAUAUGCCUCAAUAACAAUCACCUUGACGUGGCUCUGGUUCAACUUCUGGAUCGCUCACAUCGUAUUCUUGUGCUCUGUCUUCACCAUUGCUACCUACAACGGGUCAACCUAUUACCUAGACCUGUUCCCGAAAAAGGGCUAUGCUUCCGAUCCGUAUCGACUUUGUGGAAAGUUACCCGAGUGAACUGGACCCGUUCUUGAGGCAUAGAAUGUCUUUAAAUCUAACCCAUGUUGACUGCAGAUAGUUAGAGGAAUGAUCAUUCCCAUCUAGGUUUAUUGCCAACAGUAGGCUUUUAAUUCUGUGCGUUAUCAGUUAGAUAGAAAGUCUGGAUAAAAACUUGCUAAUGCCUCAAGUGCAACCUAUGAAAGCAUGAAGCCAUCAACCAUGUCUUCUAAACCUGCCUGGUGGUAAUUGGUAAAGUAAAAUAAAGGUUACAACUACAACAUGUAGGAUUGGCAGUCUCCAGGAAAUUUCAUUUUUUUCUUCAACGGUGGGAAAUACUGGGAAAAUACUUGUAAGUACUGGGAAGCACUCAAGUGGAAAAGGGAGGUACGGUGAAAUGCUAGAAUAUGCUUGAGAUUAACACCUCUCUAGAGGCAAUACCUGAAAAUAUUCAAGAAGCGUUUAAACUUGCCAUGAUUAAUUGUAACAUGAUAUUUAUUUUAAUUUCCAGUUGAAUUGUAUAUUUUGAUAAAGUUGAAUGGGGUGAAUGGUGUGUGAUUUGUAUAUUAUACAAAAAAUAUAUUUUUUGUGUGUCUAUCUUCCUAAUUUUCUUGGUAGAUACUUUUGACUUACCUACCUCUGCAUUCUGGUCAGUAUUUCCUAGUAUAUUUAUAAAAUUGUAUUCUUCAUGAUAUGAAAAUAAUCGUAAAUAGUCACUGUUUUGCUCUGUGCAUAUCCUAUGAUAUGAUAGAAAGAAAUUUGCUAUAAACACUUACUUACUUUUGACAAAUAAGUUGGUGUUUGUGAUAUUUGCUAUUUAUUUGAAUUGUUAAAUUGUUACCGGUACAUAUUUUACAAGAUUUUUAAUUUUUUUUAAAAGAAGAUAUUUUUAAUGAGCUAUCAAUAUUGUGUUUGAAUGGAAUAAGGAAAUGAUACUACUUAUCACUCUAAUGUUUUUUUUUUGAUAGACAUGUUAAUAUUGGUACCAUUUUUACAACAAAUACUUUUAAAAAAAUAUGCAGUGUACUAUAUGCAAGUGUAUUGAUGCAUUUUCCCUUUCUGCGAGUUCUUCAACCGUGCUUUUCUUUAAUAAGUGACUUUGCGAGUACUUAAUAAUGAGUCUGUGACUGUAUCUUACAAAAGAAAAUCCAUAAUAAUUUAUUGUACUAAGGCCCAUAAAUUUUGGUGAUGUGAUCAAGUGUAUCUGUCAAUUUAAGCUGAGAAAAAUAUUGUAUAGUAUUUUUGAAAUGUAACAAUUCAUUCCUGGUGCAAUUUUGCUUUUGAACACAUGCUAUUGUAUAUAUUCAAAUGGAUGUUGAGUGUGAUAUACAGUAUAUUUUUGUA